AAUCCAAACUUUUAAAUAGCAUAAAUACAACAACUCUCAAGACCUGUACAAGCUAUUUCACCUACUUCAUCACUCAUCACCAGCUUCGCAUCUUCUUCUCCGGCUUGAUCUUCUCUCGUUUCUAGAUCUCCGACGAUCGGAAUAUCAAAUCCGAUCGAUUAAUUCUGUCAAUCACACAAAAACCGAAAACCAAAAAAAAACCAUGGCGUUUGAGAAGAUCAAGGUGGCAAAUCCCAUCGUCGAGAUGGAUGGUGAUGAAAUGACCAGGGUUAUUUGGAAGUCUAUCAAGGAUAAGCUUAUUACUCCUUUUGUGGAGUUGGAUAUCAAGUACUUCGACCUUGGUCUUCCUCACCGUGAUGCUACGGAUGACAAAGUUACUAUUGAAAGUGCUGAAGCUACUAAGAAGUACAAUGUGGCGAUCAAGUGUGCCACCAUCACUCCAGAUGAAGGCCGUGUCACGGAAUUUGGCUUGAAGCAGAUGUGGAGAAGUCCAAAUGGGACCAUCAGGAAUAUCCUGAAUGGAACUGUAUUUAGAGAGCCAAUUAUCUGCAAAAAUGUUCCCAAGCUUGUCCCAGGCUGGACAAAGCCCAUCUGCAUUGGAAGGCAUGCUUUUGGUGAUCAGUACCGUGCCACUGAUGCUGUAAUCAAGGGACCAGGAAAACUGACUAUGACCUUUGAGGGAAAAGAUGGGAAAACUGAAACCGAAGUCUUUACAUUUACUGGUGAAGGUGGUGUUGCUAUGGCAAUGUACAACACUGAUGAGUCCAUCCGUGCUUUUGCUGAUGCAUCGAUGAACACUGCUUAUGAGAAAAAGUGGCCACUUUACCUUAGCACAAAGAAUACCAUUCUUAAGAAAUACGAUGGCAGAUUCAAAGACAUCUUCCAAGAAGUCUAUGAAGCCAGCUGGAAGUCGAAGUAUGAUGCUGCUGGAAUCUGGUAUGAACACCGUCUCAUUGAUGAUAUGGUGGCCUACGCUCUUAAGAGUGAGGGAGGCUAUGUUUGGGCAUGCAAAAACUAUGAUGGUGAUGUCCAAAGUGAUUUCUUGGCACAAGGAUUCGGGUCACUUGGAUUGAUGACAUCUGUUCUGGUCUGCCCAGAUGGAAAGACGAUUGAAGCUGAAGCGGCCCAUGGAACUGUCACCCGUCACUUCAGGGUUCAUCAGAAAGGUGGUGAGACCAGCACAAACAGCAUAGCCUCUAUUUUUGCUUGGACUCGUGGACUUGCACACAGGGCUAAGUUAGAUGACAACGCAAAACUCUUGGAUUUCACUGAGAAGCUGGAAGCCGCUUGUGUUGGGACAGUGGAGUCAGGGAAAAUGACCAAAGAUCUUGCACUCAUCAUUCACGGCUCAAAGCUUUCGAGGGACACGUACCUGAACACAGAGGAGUUCAUCGAUGCAGUCGCUGCUGAGCUCAAAGAAAGACUCAAUGCUUAAGAAACUGAAGAAAUUGGGUAAAAUUCGAACGUCUCAGUUCCUAAGUGUCUUAUCUGGUUGGUGGGGUUGGUUGGGAUCGGGAGGAAUAAACUUUUGUGGAGAGGAGUGUUGAGAACGAUUUGUUUCCUCUCUUAUAAUAUUUCCAAAAUAUUGCGACAUUUUUCCAUUUUUAUUCAGAUCUCGAAUUUUAUGUUUGAUUGAUUGGUUAUCACAUCUUCUUUUUUUUGGUUGAUCGAUUUAUGAAAUUGGUAUUAGGGUCUUUUAGGUUAUAAAUACACAGUACGGUUUAACUAGAAUACACAUACCACCAAGCCAUUGGUUGACUUCAGUUUUUAUUAGACCAACAAACAAUCCAUCAAAUGUUUGUUUAUUCUCUUGGGUAUAAUGUACUUUAGAAGUCUCUGACGCUUUACUUUCUUAUACUCUUAGUCUCAAAAGAUCGUCUUGUUUUGUCUCACCACCUUUUUGAUACCUUGAAGUGAAGGGUGACAGUUCCAUGGGGCCGUUUCAGCUUGAUAUGGAUUGUGAACAAUAAUGAGCAGUCCAAUAUUUACUUGAUUUGGUGUAAUGCCAAUCUAACGUAUUCCUCUUAAAUACCAUGCUAACAUAAAUACUUUGAAUAAUUGGGAAAUUUGUAGGAUCCAUUAGAGCAUUAAUCAUCUCGAAAUGUCAUGUCUUAGUCGGAUACUAAUUGGUUGACCUCAACUAGGGAUGAAAAAGUAUCCCUUACAUUUUGCUGGUCUCACCUUUUCAUUAGGUAGCUAUGGAUCGUUCCAAACCAAUAUCGAGUAGAGGGCUAGAAAUGGUGGAUUAUAGCAGUUUGUUUGUUUUCUUAUUCUAUUGUUUGAUCU